UUUCCUUAAGCAAAAAUAUGAGAAACCGAUGACAUCAUAACUUGUAAUACCCUACGUCAUUGGCCGUAUCUAUUGGGCUUUUUAGUGAGCAUAUUAAUCUGCACAAAUUACGAUGGCUUAGUUUGUACAUGUCGCCAAAUUUUUGGAAGUAGUCAUUGAUUGUAGCCACAAUUUUAAUAUCAGAAUCUGAGGCGGGUGCAAUUAGUUGAAUUUAUUUUGAUGGUAUCUAGUAUCUAGAUUACUAUAUUCAUUCUGCAAUAUGAACCCAAGGUUUUGGCCUUCAUCAAUUGCCAAAGGAUUGUGUUGACUUGUAUAAAAUCUGACUACGGCAGAAACAGUAAACGGGAGAGACAUGGAAGGAAAAAGCUGUCUAAAACUAUGGGAAACUAAAGAGGGUAGGACGCGGUUUGUCUACAAUUUCAAUGCAUAUGCAUAGAAUUUGUCAAGGUCGGGAAAGCUACAUGAUUAGGUGUUUAAAACAAGAAUGAGUCAUCUGUAUUGUAACAAAUUAAAUAUGCAGCCUGAGGAGUCAGCUCUAGUUUCACUCAAAAGAAAAUCAGGCAUUGCAGAGUGCAACGGAUAUAUUUCAGCCAUGCAAUCCAAUGUGACUGCUCCCUUCUCUUACAUAGAAAAGCCCAUCAAGCUAAAUUUUGCAGAAGCUGAGAAUGUGAACCUGUUGCCGCCAUCACAUUUUGAGCUCUUCGAACAAUGUGGUCAAAAAAACUUUCUUCCUGCAGAGGAUUUUCAACUUGGGUACCUGCCUGGAGAAUGCAGUCGUACAAGAUAUCAGAACUUGGAACUUCCAAAAUGGGAUGUUUUCUCUUCGAACACUUGCAUCUCAAAUUUCCUCCUUAACCAGCAGCGACAACCUGUUUUAGAGCAGCAACAUCUGGACGAAAGUUUUGUGGAGCAAGAAGCUUACUAUUAUCCAGGUCUGGAAAAAGGAAAUCGCCAACAGCUUUUAGAGAAGAUAUCACCUGUAAAAAUUUAUGACCAGCCUACAGGACCUGGCUCUUUCAAGAAGAUGCGGUGCAAGGAUCGAACCUUGUGCUCUGGAAAGAAUCAAACAAGAGAUGCACAAUGGCAACUUGUUUAUGAAUCUAUGCUCAAUGACUGUCAAAGCUCAGCAAGUAGUUUAACCCCAGAAGAUUUAUCUUCUGCACCUCUUAUUGGUAGCCACGGAAUGCCUAUGUUACCAUUUGAUUCACACUUUUCACCUAGUUCUACAGGACUUUCAUCUAAAAAAGUUAACAGGCAAGAGGAUAUAGUUAUACCCCCUAAUGGCCUUCCAGCACAACUGUCUCUUCAUGAUCAUGAAAUGAUGAUAAAUUCUCUUCCUGAGAAAGGAAAGUUAUUAGAAGCUGUACUGAAAGCUGGGCCUUUGCUCCAGACUCUUUUGCUUGCAGGGCCACUUCCUAUGUGGCAACGGCCACCUCCAGAUCUGGACUCUUCUGAAAUUCCAUUGGUUCCAAUAGCACCCAGUACACCUCUAAUGAUUUCUCCAUCAAACCCACCAGGUCAGACUCUCUCCUCUCCCAACAAAAACACUGGUUUUACUCAUAAAUCACCACCAGAGGUGACUAAGACUGCCUAUGAAAAAGAUCCGAGUCUUAUCCUAGAACAAUCUUAUCCUUAUUCUCCAUUGCCCUUAACCCCAACAAGCUCAUCUUUUAAAAAGAGAUUCAUGUUUAUGGAUGACUCUUUGCAUAAUGCAAGGUCAUCUCUCAAGCAUGCUAAGUUGCAAUGACCUGUACUGAUCUCAAUUCUAAUUAGUGGUUUUAGAUUUCAAGACACAUUUGAGAUAUGUAUCCAAGUACAACACUGUUUUACUUUUAUCUUCUUAUGUUUCUUUUCUUC